AUGAGUUCAAUCAUAGAUUCUUCAAUCUAUUAUAAAGAUACUUUUAAAAACUUGUUAUUCAACAACUUGGAUCAAUUACCAGAAUCAACUUUUGGUCAAUUUUUAAAAUAUGGUGCUUUAAUCCUUUCAGGGUUUUCAUUCUAUUUCUAUUUCAUUGCAAGUGAAAAGACAAGAUCCUUCUUAUUAUUCAUUUGGGCUUGCUUUGUUAAACCUUUCACUCCAACAAAUAGAAAAGUUCAUAAUGAUCAUCAAAAUAAUUUAGAAUUAUUUUACAAAACUCAAGCUAAAGUUUAUGAUACUACUAGAGAAGUUUUAUUACAAGGUAGAGAAUCUGCUAUGAAAUUAGCAGUUGCUCAUUUGAAAACUGAUCAAUCUUCCAAAAAAUUAAUUUGGAUUGAUAUUGGUGGUGGUACUGGUCUUAAUAUUGAAAAAAUGGAUAAAGAAGUUGCACCAAUCGUGGAUAAUUUUGAAGCUAUUUAUCUUAUUGAUUUAUCAACUUCUCUGUGUGAAAUUGCUAAACAAAGAGUUUUAGAUCAUGGUUGGAAUAAUGUUCAUAUAAUUUGUGGUGAUGCUUGUGAUUUUGAAAUUCCUCAUUCUGAAGUUGAUUUAAUAACUUAUAGUUAUUCUUUAUCAAUGAUUCCUUUAUAUCAUUCUGCUAUUGAUCAUGCUUCUAAAUUUUUAAAACCUGAUGAAGGUAUCAUUUGUUCUGUUGAUUUUGGUGUUCAAUCUGAUUCAACUUCAAUUGGUAGAAUUAAUACACUAGGUGGAUUAGUUAAUCGUCAUGUUCCAUGGAUUUAUAGAACUUUUUGGAGAAUUUGGUUUGAAUGUGAUAAAGUGUUUUUGGACCCUUCAAGAAGAGAAUAUUUAGAAUAUAAAUUUGGUACUUUAAAAUCAAUCAAUUGUUAUAAUACAACUUUAGGUAAAAUUCCUUAUUAUAUUUGGUUAGGUGUUAAUAAGCAACAUGAUUCUCAAUUAAUGUAUAGAUUUAAUCAAUUAGCUACAGAAUCACCUUAUUUAGCUCCAAUUGAACCAAAAAAAUCAAAUGCUGUUAUUGAUGCUCCAACUUCAAAAGCUUUAGAAGCUGCUUUAGAUAAUGUUAAAAAAGGUUUACCUUAUCCUUCAUUAUUUUAUCAAAAAAAAACUUGGAGAGUUUAUUAUGAUGAAUUAAGUGAAGAUUAUGAAUGUUUUAAAAAUCAAUAUAUUUAUGCAUUUACAUGGGAAGAUCCAAGAGAAGAUGCUAAAAUUUUAAAUUUAUCAUCAAAAGAUACAGUAUUAGCUAUCACUUCAGCAGGUGAUAAUAUCUUAAGUUAUGCAUCAUUAGGUUCAAACGCUCCAAAGAGAAUUCAUGGUGUUGAUUUAAAUCCAUGUCAAGGUCAUUUAGUUGAAUUAAAAUUAGCUGCAUUAUCAACUUUAUCACAUGAAGAAACUUGGAAAUUAUUUGGUCAAGGAAAAAUUGAAAAUUUCCAAGAAUUAUUAAUUAGUAAAUUAGCUCCAUAUUUAUCAUCAAAUGCAUUCCAAUAUUGGAUGGAUAAAGGUCCAAAAACUUUUGAUAUUAAUGGUGCAGGUCUUUAUGAUACAGGUUCAACAAGAUGGGCUUUAAGAUUAGCAAGAUAUGUUUUCAAAUUAACUGGUUUAUCAUCAAAAGUUGAAGAAUUAUGUAAUGCUAAGACUUUGAUUGAACAAAAGGAAAUUUGGAAUAAUUCAAUUCGUCCAAUUCUUUAUAGUGCAGUUGUUGGUAAAAUCUUUGUUGGUAAUCCAAUUUUCUUAUGGAAGGCACUUGGAGUCCCAGCAAAUCAAGCUGCAAUGAUGGAUUCAUCAAUUUUACAAUAUAUUAUUGAUACAUUAGAUCCAAUUGUUGGUCGUUCUUUAAUUUCAUCAGAUAAUUAUUUUUAUUACUUAACUUUAAAAAAUCAUUAUUCACCAAAAAAUUGUCCAGAUUAUUUAACAAAACAAGGUUUUAAACAAUUAACUAAAAAAGCACCAAAUUCUCCAUUAGAUGGUAUUAGAUUACAUACAGAUUAUUUAAACAAUGUCUUGGCUCGUUUAACCAAAAAGACAAUUUCAAUUGCAGUUAUAAUGGAUCAUAUGGAUUGGUUUGAUCCUGAAGGAACAGAUGUUGAUAAUGAAAUUGAUGCUUUACAUAGUGCAUUAUGUGAUGGUGGUAGAGUUAUGUUAAGAACUGCUGCUUUAGUCCCAUGGUAUAUUAAGAAUUUUGAAAAGAAGGGAUUUAAAUGUCAUGCUGCUGCUACAAGACAUAGUGGUACUUCAAUUGAUAGAGUUAAUAUGUAUGCAUCAACUUGGAUUUGUACUAAAAUUGGUAACAAAAAGGAACGUCAAAUGAGUACUUUAACUUUGAAUAAAGAUUGA